AUGAGUUCCCAAAGUUCGUUCGAGGGGAUAUCUCCCUUAGAUGCUCCUUCAACUCCUCAGAAUGCCAAUAUUGGUCUGCCUGCUGGACAGCAGAUCCAUAGAUCUGCUUCCCCAACCGCCUCGUUGACAGCUGCUCCGGGUACAGCAUCACUACUCACGUCCUCCAUGACCCCACCACCAUCGUCGCAAAAUAUCAACUCACGAAACGCCAUUACUGCGAAUCGCAUCUCUGCCACCCCUGAACCUCCCAUCCUUACUUCUCCGCCGCCAACAUUACUCAACGGUGCCAAAAGAGAAGCACAUGUUGGCCCGCCUGUAAAGCCAACCUCGGAGCAGUUGGCCAAUGCUUCUCCCGAGAUGCUUCGAGAGAUGCUAGAAGCAGCGCUUGCAGAGAAUGCUAGAUUGGAUGCGGCAGCCUGUGAGGCUCGGAUGUCGGCCGCUCAUUACAAGCUACAGCACAAUCUGCUCACAAUUGAAAGCGAGGAGGCCAUCAAGCAUCUGGAAGUCGAGCACGAGAUGACUCUUCGGGAGGUUGAGCUUCUUCAACAUCGCGUCCAGGAUGCCCAGGAUCCCCCAGCCCUUGAACAUUAUAGAAACCGGUGCAGGCAGGUUGAAGCGGAAUGCCGUAAACUCGCUGAUGACUUACGGAAAGCAAAGAAAAUCAUUAUUUGGAAGGAAGAUGACGUCGCUGAUCUCCAGGGGGAGGUUAGGCAGUUAAGAGAACGGAUAUCCCUGAACCGGAAGCACAUCAACGAGAUGCGUAGUCCCGGCGGCAUCUUUCACAACCCUAGCCUCCAUAAUUCUCCAACGACUCCCAAGCAGUAUCGGUCGACUCCUAAGCACACUCCAAUGACAGGUCGAUCUAUUCGCCAAGCUCGUGAUCAUAGCCAGGAACCUUUCGCGGCCUUGCUACUGGCGGACAGGGUGCUGAGCCAGGAAAACAACAGCGCCCCUUCCACACCAAUCGUCAACCGACGCCCUGAUCACCGUACACCCAAUAGGCACAACCGUGGUGUUCAGUCGUUGUCUUCACUGCCUGCUACGCCUGGAUCUGCCCGACCGGCAACCAGCAAUUCAACCCUCCUGCCAUCUGCUCAAUUCUCCCCUCAAGCAGAGGAGCGCGUUGCUACUGCAUUUGCCAGUGGUAUGAGUCAAUAUCCACGAGAGCGCCGCCGCAAGUCGCGCGACAGCACCAUCUCCGCCUCUGACACCGAAGAGAUCGCCCGUGCCGCGGUCAAUGCAUACCGUGAAGUCAGCCCGGACAUUCAAGAGAGUCAGGCUAGCCAGAGUGCGACCGAGAUGCUUCGUCUCGACCCUCGCGAAUCGUUUGAGGUUGCCGCGUCGCGAACUUCCACGCCCAUCCCUACUGGAGACAAGCACAGCAGCCUCCAACAGACCAAGAUAUUUGGAUCCGUUACCAAGUCUGUCCCAGAGAAGAGAAAGCGCAGGGAUGACGAGCACUCCAGUGAUUACACCAUCAAGAAGGCUCGCGCAGCUGGCAAUGUUGGUCUAGGAAUUGGUUUCGACGGUACCCGUGCAUAA